AUGUCAGAGAGCCAGGCAGCUAGGCGAGUUGAGAAUGUUGCCCCUAUUGCCGGCCGGGCAGCAAGUCUGAAUGUUGCCGCUCAUGAGUCUCAUGUGGUAUCUGAGGCCUUGGAGGACUUGGGCAGGUCCCGUUUCGCAACUCCCAGGGAUAAGGAGUUGAUUCGCAGUAUCGGAAAGGCCGUGGACGCAGAUCGUGAGUCCUUUGUGAACAAGCUCCUUGAGAAAGGUUUCACGUUAGAUCGGAAUUGGAUCAGGGUCCGUCGAAUGCUGGUCUUGAUGACUUGGAUACUGUGUGGAACGACUCGGGGUGCGUGGGAGGGAUGGAAUGCAAAUGAGAUGUGGGAGAAAUGUAAGAAGCUGAUGCAGUACCAUAAGUCAGCCGUAUCCUACCAGGACUACCUCAUGACUCUCACAUUCGCCUACCCCCCUCACCGUCGAACCGGGUCCUAUUCGUGA